AUGAAAUGGUGUGCCCCUAAUGAAUUUCCAAUUCUAAGUGCACUUACAGUUACAGUUAGUGGUACUCAUCCACAAUCAGCAUCACUACAACCAAUGCUUGGAAAGUCACUUAAAACUAAUUACCAAAACAUGGAAUCCAAAAGACCUCUUAUUAACAGAAACGAAGAAGAAGAUAUAGAGUUGGCUACAAAACGAACGACUCCAUAUGAUACAUCACCAGAAUGCAAAUCUGAAUCAGAGAAUAUUCACAGUAUUAAACAAUCUACUCGUCCACAAAGAAGACCAUCUUUAUUUCAUCGGAAAGCAAUCUUGAUUUUUACUAACAUUGUCGCUGUUAGUGUAAUAACUAUCAUUAGUAUUAUAAUAUGGGUAGUUUUCAUCAAAAAGGCCGAAACAACAAUUAAUACAACUAUAGCUACAACUGAUGCAUCGACAACAAAAACCGCAAUGGUUACAACGUCGACAAUAUCAACAACAAUGCUUACUACGUCGACAACGACAACAACAACGCUUACUACGUCGACAACGACAACAACAACGCUUACUACGUCGACAACGACAACAACAACGCUUACUACGUCGACAACGACAACAGCAACAACAACAAUGGUUACAACGUUGACAAAAAAAAACGCAAUAGUUACAACGUCGAUAAUAAAGACAACAAUGCUUACAACCGCGACAACAAAAACAACAAUGAUAACAACAUCAACAACAGAAAUAACAAUGAUUACAACUUCUGAAACAAUGUUUACAGCGUCGACAACAAAAACAGCAACGGUUACAACAUCGACAACAGAAACAACAAUGAUCAUAACGUCGGCACUAGAAACAACUAUGCUUACUAUGUCGACAUCAAAAACAACAAUGAAUGUCUCAAAAUUCAACAAAUGGAAACAAAAUGCCAUUACUGUAGCUGGUAAAGAUGGACGAGGACAUCAAUUAAAUCAACUCAGUUGCCCUGAAGGAAUCCUUAUCGAUAAAAACAAAAAUAUUUUCAUUGCUGAUCGUUGGAAUGAUCGUAUUGUUGAAUGGAAAUAUAACGCAAAAGAAGGACUAGUCAUUGCAGGUAGAAAUGGGCAAGGAAAUCGAACGGAUCAAUUGUAUUGGCCAACAGAUCUGAUUGUUGAUCAACAAAAUCAUUCAAUUAUCAUUGCUGAUAAAGGGAACAAACGCGUGAUCCAAUGGUUGAAUCAAAAUCAACAAAUUCUCAUUAACAAUAUUAACUGUUAUGGUUUGGCAAUAGAUAAACAUGGAUUUCUUUAUGUUUCUGAUUGUGAAAAGAAUGAAGUGAGACGAUGGAAAAUGGGAGAAUACGACAACGAAGGAAUUGUAGUGGCAGGUGGAAAUAGACAAGGAGAUAAACUCAAUCAACUCAGCUGUCCUAUGUUUAUCUUUGUUGACGAAGAUCAAUCUAUUUAUGUAUCCGACAGCCACAAUGAUCGUGUAAUGAAAUGGAGAAAAGAUGCAAAAGAAGGAACGAUUGUCGCUGGAGGAAAUGGUAGAGGAGAAAAUCUCAAUCAAUUAUCUGAACCUCAUGGAGUAGUUGUUGAUUAUUUGGGUGAAAUUUAUGUGGCAGAUUGUAAUAAUCAACGAGUAAUGCGUUGGCGUGAAGGAAAAGAAAAAGGUGAAACUGUUGUUGGUGGAAAUGGUGAAGGAGAUCAAUCAAAUCAAAUGAAUUGUCCCACUGGUUUAUCUUUUGAUGAUGAAGGCAAUCUUUACGUUGCUGAAUAUUGGAAUCAUCGAAUUCAAAAAUUUGAAAUAGUUUUUUUAUUAUCGACUAUUACUAUUACUACUACUACCGCUGCUGAUGCAGAUAUUGGACUUCAAACACGACAAGGAAUUAUAUAUGGCCAACUAACUCAAUAUUCAAAUGAGUAUUUAGGAAUCCAAUAUGCUACAGCAGAUCGAUGGAAACCGCCAGUUGAUCUUGCAUCUGAAUCAUUUCCGCAUGGUUCAUUUCAAGCAAAAUCAUUUGGUCCAUGUUGUCCUCAAUCAGAGGCUGGAGUUGUUAUACCUAUGCAAAAUGAAGAAUGUUUAUAUCUCAAUAUUUAUACACCAUUGAAUACAACAAAUCGAUCUUUAUUACCGGUUCUUGUUUGGAUUCAUGGAGGUGGCCUUCAAGUUGGCUGUACAUCACAAAGUAUUCCUGUUUUAUAUAAUGGUACAAAUAUAAUUGCUAAUUCACCUCCACAACAAUCAGCUAUUAUCGUAACUAUUAACUAUAGAUUAGGUGUCUUAGCUGAUAUGUACUUGACUGAAUUAAUUCAAGAAAAUCCAACAACAUGGCCAACAGCUGGCAAUUAUUAUUAUCUAGACAUGCUAUCAGCAUUACGUUGGAUCAACAUCAAUAUUCGUGAUUAUGGUGGUAAUCCUAACAAUAUCUUACUAUUUGGAGAAAGUGCUGGAGCCAAUGCUGUUAUUGAUAUUGGUGCAUUAAAAGGAUCAUCGAAUCUCUAUCAACAUGUUAUAUCACAAUCAGGUGGAGGUGGAUUUCAUUCCUAUUAUUCGAAUACUAGCGAUGCUAUCAUAGAAUCAAACAAGAUUGUUCAACGAAUGAAUUGUACAAAUGAUAAAAGUCAAACUGUGUUAUCAUGUUUACGUAAUUCCUCGAUUUCCGAUUUACUUACAGCGUAUGGUGCUCGUCAAACAAAAGUAAUUGUUGAGGGAUAUUUUCUACCAUUUUACCCACCAUUAGCAAUUAAAAAAGGAACAUAUAAUCAAAACAUCAAUAUGAUCAUUGGUCGAAAUGAAUAUGAAUCGCCAAUGUGUUUUUCCACUCCUGAUAUGAAUUCUUCUUCAGCUAAAGCACUUGUCAUUCCAGGUAUAGGACAAAAAUGGGCAGAUUUACUUUUUGAUGCUACUCAAAUGAAUACCUGUUCAGCAGACAGAAACUCUACAAAUCGUUGCUGUGAUAUGAUUCGUUUACUUCUAACAGAUCUUGUACUUGAUUGUAGUGCUCGUCGUAUAUACAAUAGUUUGUAUGAAAAAAACAAUCAACAAAAAUUAUUUUGGUAUCAUAUGGAUUGUAAUCCUGGAAUAUGUCCUCCAAAGUCAAUCGAAGAAAUGGGCGGUCUUUGUAUUCAUACAGCAGAACUUCCAUAUGUAUUUGGGACUAUGAGUGAUAUGUAUUCGACAAAUUUACAUAACUGCACAUGGGAUAAUGACACAAAGACAUUUUCUAAUCAAAUAAUUUCACAUUGGAUCAAUAUGGCUGCAACAGGAGAACCAUUGAAGCAAUGGCCAAGUUAUCAUCCAUCAUCGCCAAAAUAUUUUAAGAUCACACCUCAUCAUGACUUUUUACCUUUUUUAUCAGAUAGGGAUUGUUCAAUAAUUGAUCAAUUUGAAAAGGAAGGAAUUAUGCUCAUGUUUGGAGAUUCUGGAAAUUAUAGCUCAAGAAACUACGGAGCUACAAUUAUAACAAUGGCAUUCGUCAUGCUCUUAUAUUUGGUUAGAGUUGAUUGUCUAUGUCAUCAUUUUUAA